UCAGGAUCAGCUCCUACCCCAGGGAAGGCCAGGAGGCCAGAGGCGGGACCUGAUGGAUGUUAAAUACUUCUGUCCAACAUCCUGCUGGCCUUUCGUCCGUCCCAGUCUUCCCAGCAAGAAGUUUGACCAAGAUCAGUCAUGACGACUUACAGCAACAAAGGAGAGAAGCCCGAGAGAGGCCGAUUCCUCCACUUCCACUCCGUGACCUUCUGGGUUGGCAACGCCAAGCAGGCUGCCUCGUACUACUGCAGCAAGAUGGGCUUUGAACCCUUAGCCUACAAGGGCCUGGAGACACGUUCCCGGGAGGUGGUGAGCCACGUGAUCAAGCAAGGAAAGAUUGUGUUUGUCUUCUCCUCUGCCCUCAACCCGUGGAACAAAGAGAUGGGUGACCACCUGGUGAAACAUGGUGAUGGAGUGAAGGACAUCGCGUUCGAGGUGGAAGAUUGUGACUACAUCGUGCAGAAAGCCCGGGAACGGGGCGCCAAAAUCGUGCGGGAGCCCUGGGUAGAGCAAGAUAAGUUUGGGAAGGUGAAAUUUGCUGUGCUACAGACGUAUGGGGACACUACACACACCCUGGUGGAGAAGAUGAACUACACUGGCCGGUUUCUGCCUGGAUUUGAGGCCCCAGCAUCCACGGACCCCCUGCUUUCCAAGCUGCCCAACUGCGGUCUCGAGAUAAUCGAUCACAUUGUGGGAAACCAGCCUGAUCAGGAGAUGCUGUCUGCCUCAGAAUGGUACCUGAAGAACCUGCAGUUUCAUCGUUUCUGGUCCGUGGAUGACACACAGGUACACACGGAAUACAGCUCUCUGCGGUCCAUCGUGGUGGCCAAUUACGAGGAAUCCAUCAAGAUGCCCAUUAACGAGCCAGCGCCGGGCAGGAAGAAGUCCCAGAUCCAGGAAUAUGUGGACUAUAACGGGGGUGCUGGGGUCCAGCACAUUGCACUCAAGACCCAAGACAUCAUCACAGCGAUUCGCCACUUGAGAGAGAGAGGCAUGGAGUUCUUGGCUGUUCCGUCCACAUACUACAAACAACUGAGGGAGAAGCUCAAGUCGGCCAAGAUCCGGGUGAAAGAGAAUAUUGAUGUCCUGGAGGAGCUGAAAAUUCUAGUGGACUACGACGAGAAAGGCUACCUCCUGCAGAUCUUCACGAAGCCCAUGCAGGACCGACCCACGCUCUUCCUGGAAGUCAUUCAACGCCACAACCACCAGGGUUUUGGAGCCGGCAACUUCAACUCACUGUUCAAGGCUUUCGAGGAGGAGCAGGACCUGCGGGGCAACCUCACCGACAUGGAGACCAGCGGAGUCGUGUAGGCUCCACUGGCCCGCCUGACCCACCAAGGCCCCGCCCACCUGCAGAGGCAAGGUGGGCCACGCCCCCGGCCGGGAACACGCCCACUCCACAGGCCCUGAAUGGCGAGCCCUCAUUGGCCACUUGCUUUAGACCCCGCCCACGAGGCAUCGCCUGGUCCUAAAACUCCGCCCACCCCCUGACCACGCCCCCUCGGUUGGGGCACUCCCUCUCCUGCGCUUCGGAAUAAAGGGGACCCCAGGUCCAAGGCCGUCGGUGUC